UACGAAAAAAAUAUCUGGUGAUAUUCACUUCCUUUGCUGAGUUGUAAAUUUUACAGUUUGCAGGGUUGUUUUGCUUUCAAAGCAUCCAUCCUAAAAGUGUCGCUAUUCUAACUUGUCAAGAUCCGGACCUGAGCUUUUGUAUCAUAUUAAUACGCACGCAAACAACACAUUGAUGUGAGCAACAGUGAUGUCAUUGUAGUCAAUGGCAAUGGGAAUACAAUGGAAUAAACCACUUGUUCUUGGAACAAGUCUUGUUGGACUCCUGUUCUUUACAUACGUAUCAUACUCCCUUCUUACUAGGAGAUCUGAGCCUACCCAUCAGCUGAAAAUGUUCAAAACUUGGAAGCGCCGCGAAACAAGGUCCCUUCCGGAGGAUAUUGAAGCGAAAUCAGAAAAAGUUGAUGUGAAAGUAAAGGAGCGAACAUUCACAUAUCAAUCUCAGGAGGUGAAGUUACACUAUUUAGAGGCCAGCCCAGCAAGUGAGCCCAAGCUCCAUAUUCUCCUGCUCCAUGGAGCUGCCUUCUCCUCCAAGAAUUGGGAGGAAAUCAAAACUUUACAUCUGAUUGCUGCAAUGGGCCACCUUGCCAUUGCUAUAGAUCUACCAGGUGCCAGUAAAAGCAAAACUAAAGGAAUCAAAAUAUCUGAUCGGGCAGAUUUCUUGGACACAGUCAUCAAACAACUGGACAUUAAAAAGCCAAUCAUUGUGAGUCCUUCCAUGAGUGGAGGUUACAGCUUGCCAUUCAUAAUGGGUAGCAACUCAGAGACAUGUACAGAUCGAGCCCUUGGAUUCAUACCUGUAGCCCCCGUAGGAACAGAUAACUAUAAACCUGUUCAGUACAACAGAUGCCAAUUGCCAACUAUGAUUGUAUAUGGAGACCAAGAUUCUGGAUUAGGACUCACUUCACUUGGAAACCUACGCAAUCUGCCAAACAGUGAGAUAUUCCCCAUAAAAGGAGGUAGUCACCCAUGCUACCUGGAUGAGCCGGAAUACUGGAACAAAUUGGUGUACAAUUUUCUACUGGAGAUUGAAAGUGAUCAAAAUUCCAAAUAGGGGACUGAAAAAAAAAAAUUAGGAUUUUCCACUUAAAACUUUCUGCUAUGGUAUUUAUAUUUGGAAAAGUAUUUGUAAUUUUAAAUGUCAUGCAAGAAGAUGAAAUCUUACCAAUUAUUUUUGAAUACGAAACUAGAUCUAGAAUAUGGAUUAAGAUUUUAAGCAAUAAUAGAUGGCAGUGAGAAGGAUGGGUUAAACAUUUGCUCUAACUGUAUCAAGAAUUGAUAUCAGUGAUUUUAAAUGAACUUUAUAUUUUUUUAAUUUCAUGUACUUAUUCACCCAUCUACUGUAAAACAUGUUCAUUUUAAUCAUAUUUUCGAUAAAUUAAGCCAAUGUCUGAUUCUAAUUUUACCAUUGCGAUCAAUGGACAAAAAAUACUGAAACUGUGAUUUUGUUCUCAUGCAGAACACUGAAUUUGUGAAAACCAUGCAUGCAUUGAAUGUGCUUUACAGUAUUUGGAAUGAGUUCUAUUAAUUGGAGAGAAGUUACUCUGAUAGCAGAACAAAUAAGAAGAAAAAAAACAAUGAACAUUUCAUGAACAUUUUUGCUCAAUUUUUUAAAAUGUUUCUAUUGUUUUAUAUUACCACUAAAAUUGGCAUCUG